AGCCGGGUGGGGACGUGCCCAGCACUCGGCAGCCCGAACCCUAGACCGCCGCACACCCCGUCUGCUUGUCCCCGAGGAUAGCGAAGAUGGAGGCCAUCAAGAAAAAGAUGCAGAUGCUGAAGCUGGACAAGGAGAACGCCCUGGACCGGGCGGAGCAGGCUGAGACUGAGCAGAAGCAGGCGGAGGAGAGGAGCAAACAGCUGGAGGAUGAGCUGGCAGCCAUGCAGAAGAAGCUGAAGGGGACUGAGGACGAGCUGGACAAAUACUUGGAGGCUCUGAAGGAUGCCCAGGAGAAGCUGGAACUGGCGGAGAAGAAGGCAGCCGACGCCGAAGCAGAAGUGGCAUCCCUGAACCGACGUAUCCAGCUGGUUGAGGAGGAGUUGGACAGAGCCCAGGAGCGUCUUGCCACAGCGCUCCAGAAGCUAGAGGAGGCUGAGAAAGCUGCUGACGAGAGUGAGCGGGGCAUGAAAGUGAUUGAAAACAGAGCCCUAAAGGAUGAGGAGAAGAUGGAGCUGCAGGAGAUCCAGCUCAAGGAAGCCAAGCACAUUGCGGAGGAGGCUGACAGGAAGUAUGAAGAGGUUGCCCGGAAGCUGGUGAUCAUUGAAGGAGACCUGGAGCGCACUGAGGAGAGGGCCGAGCUUGCAGAGUCCAAAUGUUCCGAGCUGGAGGAGGAGCUGAAGAAUGUCACGAACAAUCUCAAGUCUCUUGAGGCCCAGGCUGAGAAGUACUCCCAAAAAGAGGACAAGUAUGAAGAGGAGAUCAAGAUCCUGACCGACAAACUCAAGGAGGCGGAGACCCGUGCCGAAUUUGCUGAGCGAUCAGUAGCCAAACUGGAGAAGACCAUUGAUGACUUGGAAGAGCGCCUGUACAGCCAGCUUGAGAAAAACCGCCUGCUCUCUAACGAGCUGAAGUUAACGCUGCAUGAUCUGUGUGACUGAGGAGGGGCCCCACUAAUGACAUAAAAACAAGCUUAUUGUGAGACCCGCCCAGUGGACCACAGUGAAUUCUGAUCAUUAUUACCAGGCGUGCAGCUUGCCCAACUAGUGCAGUUGCUGCUAAGGGGGUGGGGGGCAGUUGCAGUCCAGUAUCUAAUGUACUGAUUCCUUUUUUGAAUUUCUUCUUUUUAAUGAGAUUUAACCUCUCUUCAGUGCAGUAAAUCCCUAGGACUGAGAAUCCAUCAGGCCAGUGCCUGGGCAGCUGUGCCCUAUUGGCCUGCAGGGCUCUGCGUGCAGUCAGACUAGCAGUCCCCUCCAGCUUGUGGGUGUGGGCUGACUUAGAGGCUUGUACCUAUUAGGCAAGCUGCUGUAGAGAAGACCAAUGUGUAUAUGUAAGUGCUGUCCCCUGAAUGCCUGUAGGAUCUCCUGCUGCAUGGAUUGAUGGCUGUUUCUGACAAUAAACCACUGACCUCAUGGUCUCUAAGAUGACUGCAACCCUGUGCUACUUUCCUAUAGAUGAGCUCUGACCCAGAAAGUUUGGGGAGGGGCUUGGACAGCUGUGGGGGCUGGUCCAUAAGGACCCCAGCUGGUGUGGGGAUGAUCCUCUUGGAAGUAAGUGUCUGUCACCAGAUGCCUUCCUGAGGAUGGGAAUCCUGUGUGGGUUGGUGCAGGGGGUGUAGAGGUAGCUUCUGUGGGCUCCUGGGCAGGAUCCCUGGCUUCCGCACCAGGAAGCAGCCUUCCUCCCAGUCUGACCUCCAGGGUGCUCCAGAAGAAUGCACUGCGUCUCUGUCCAUGCCCCAACAGGCCACCUGUAUCGACGUACUCUCUUCCUGCAGCAUGUCUGUCCGGUAUUCCUGCAUGUUGGGAUUUGCUAGGGCAACAUGAUUAAGCAAGAACCCUGGCACCUGAUGUGGGCUCCCCUGGCCCAGGGAGCAUGUCAUGACCUCUGGGUGGGCUUGAGCAUGCAUGCUCUCGUUAAGCCACUGUCUCCUGCUUGUGGAGAGCAGCUUCCUGGUUGGCUUCUACCCCUGCUAAGAGGCCUUGCUGCAGAGUCCCACCUUUGCAGGGCUGCUGGUCCUAUGACAUGAGCAGUUAAUGCCUCCAGUGUGAACUCUGGGAGGGGCAGGCACUGGGUGCAGUUCUUUGGCUGAAGAGAACUGCUGAACAAAGCUUGGAGCAACUUGGGUGCCUGCUGGCGGAUGCUUGGCCACUGGGCUGGGGUCUGCUCCCUGAAGCAUUGGGGGAGGCCGGUGUCACUGAUGCUUCUGCGCACACAGUCCAGGUGCUGGCACUAGCUAAACACACUGACCUUUUGAGCAGCAGCUGCAGCAGUACUGUGGGCACCAGCCUCUCUAGAGAUAAAAGGCACAAAUGAGUUGGGUAACUCCAGGGUUAGUGGUCACAAGGAGUCCUGCAGCCACCAUGUAAGGAGUUAAUGCAAGGCUGCUGUGCUGGGCACAGGUCAAGCUCUGGCUGGGUCUGUGCAGUUUUAAAUUGAUUUCUAACUGUCUGACUCUUGCCU